AUUUAGAACUUGACCUAAUUUUGCCCUUAAAAUAGUAGAGGAGGCGAGCAAACCGUUUGCGGAGCAGUCCGUAGCUGCCCUCCCUUCGCACCCAUUUCUGUGUUAAUGGAGCUUCGGCCCAUACUUCUUUGAAAAAUAAAAAAAAUCAAAAAAUUUAUGCAAAAAUUCAAAAUAAUCUUCAUUCCCUUCCUUUUUCCAUCUGUUACAGAUCUACGCAAGGCUAAAUUUUUCUUCCUGUCGUUGAGUUCUUCGCGGUUUCGUCCCUUGGAAAAUUUUUAAGAGUGUAUUUUUGAAGAGUUUGACGGCGGCUCUGCUAUUAUUUUUGAAGAAGAGAAGAAAUAAACGCUUCUCGAAAACAUAAAAAAAAAGUAGAAAAUUAGAGGAGAAAUGGCACAGGUUCAAAUCCAACCCCAACCCCUGGGUGCAGCGGGUGUGGGCCAGCAGCAGGCGGGCAACAAUUCCUCGCUGUACGUUGGGGAUCUGGAGCCCAAUGUUACGGAUGGUCAGCUUUACGAGCUCUUUCAGCAGAUUGCUCCCGUUACCUCUGUUCGCGUUUGCAGAGAUGUCACUACCAAGACUUCUCUCGGUUACGCCUAUGUAAAUUACGGCUCUGCUGAAAAUGCUGGUAAGGCCAUAGAGGCACUGAAUUUUACUCCUAUUAAUGGAAAGCCUAUUCGAAUAAUGUAUUCACACCGCGAUCCCAGCAUACGCAAGAGUGGAGCUGCAAAUAUAUUUAUCAAGAACCUUGACAAAGCCAUAGACAACAAAGCUCUGCAUGAUACUUUCUCAAAUUUUGGACCUAUUCUUUCUUGCAAGAUUGCAACAGAUGCAUCAGGGCAAUCUAAAGGAUACGGAUUUGUGCAAUUUGAACAAGAUGAUGCAGCACAGAAUGCCAUAGAGAAACUGAAUGGGAUGCUUUUGAAUGGCAAACAAGUAUUUGUUGGACCAUUUAUGAGAAAGCAGGAACGUGAGCAAGCAAAUGGAAAAGUUAAGUUUAAUAAUGUUUUUGUUAAAAAUUUAUCAGAAUCAACCACUGAUGAGGAUUUGAAGAGAAGCUUUGGAGAGUAUGGAUCAAUUACAAGUGUGGUAGUUAUGAGGGAUUCAGAAGGAAAGUCAAGAUGUUUUGGGUUUGUGAAUUUUGAAAAUGCAGAUGAUGCAGCAAACGCUGUUGAAUUUCUUAAUGGUAAGAAAGUUGAAGACAAGGAGUGGUAUGUUGGAAAAGCACAGAAGAAGUCUGAGAGAGAGUCUGAGUUGAAAGGGAAAUAUGAACAGAUGCUAAAAGAGAGGAUUGAGAAACUUCAAGGGGUCAAUCUUUAUUUAAAGAAUCUAGAUGAUAGCAUUGAUGAUGAGAAGUUGAGGGAACUGUUUUCUGUGUUUGGUAACAUCACUUCUUGCAAGGUAAUGAGAGAUCCCCAUGGGCAGAGUAGGGGCUCUGGUUUUGUGGCCUUCUCAACUCCAGAUGAAGCAUCUCGAGCUCUUGCAGAAAUGAAUGGGAAAAUAGUAGUCAGCAAGCCACUCUAUGUUGCUCUGGCUCAGCGCAAAGAAGAGAGAAGAGCAAGGUUACAGGCUCAGUUCUCACAAAUGCGAAAUCCGGUUGGUGUGGCUCAAGCUAUGCCAACUCGUCUUCCCAUUUACCCUCCUGGAGGUCCUGGUCUAAGCCAACCAAUGUUCUAUGGACAGGGACCACCUGCGCUUAUGCCACCUCAAGCUGCUGGAUUUGGUUAUCAGCAGCAGCUUGUCCCUGGUAUGAGGCCAGGAAAUGCACCUAUUCCAAAUUUCUAUCUUCCUCUUGUUCAACCACAACAGGGACAACGAUCUAAUGUUAGGCGGAGUGGAGCUGCACCCAUACAACAGCAGCAGCAGCAGAUGCCACUUAUACCUCAACAGAUGCUACCUCGGAAUAAUCGCGUUUAUCGUUAUCUGCCUGGAAGGAAUGUUAAUGACAUGCAUUUGCCUGGAGUAGCUGGAGGAAUGCUUCCUGUUCCACUAGACAUGGGUGGUAUUCCUUUACGUGGUACCGAGUCAGCUAUAGCACAGCCCAUGCCCAUUGGUACUUUGGCUUCAGCUCUUGCAAAUGCAAGUCCUGAGCAACAGAGGACGAUGCUUGGAGAAAGUCUGUAUCCUUUGGUGGAUCAGUUGGAACAUGAUCAUGCAGCUAAAGUUACUGGAAUGCUUCUGGAAAUGGACCAGCCUGAGGUUCUCCAUCUACUGGAAUCUCCUGAUGCCUUAAAGGCUAAGGUUGCAGAAGCCAUGGAUGUUCUGAGAAAUGUUGCGCAAGCUCAGGCGACUGCUCCAGCUGAUCAGCUUGCAGCUUUGUCUAUAAAUGAGCCUCUUGUUUCUUGAGGCAAUGAGACCUCUAGUUUACUUACUUUUUCAAGAGUGGACUGAGUUUCUAGUAUGCGGGCUAAAUAACUAGAGAAACAUAGGAAAUUUACAAUAGCAUGUUAACUCGAGUUUUUUUUUUUGUCUUGCGAGGUUUGAAGCAGACUAAUAGACAUGCAAGCUCUAUUUUGUUCUUCAACUUCCAGGUUCUGUUUUGGCAUGUGUGGAAUUUGAAGUAGAUCAUUAUUAGAGAACAAGCGACCUAUAUAUAAUUUUCUAACUUAAAAGGUUUUGUUUUGGCAUGUGUGGAUUUUGAAGUAGAUCAUUAUUAGAGAGCAAGUGAUUUAUAUAUUGUUCGCUUACUAAUCUCAGAGAACAUGACCACUCUCUCUCUCUCUCUAUGUAUUUCCUUGAUUUGAGAGGUGUUAUGUUUAAAUUGUUGACAAUCUUUUAAGAUGCUUUAAUUGCUGGUACAAAUAUUUGAUAUGUUGGCUA